GGGGCGCUAAAUCAAUUAGUGAUGAUGCAACAUCCAUAAUUGCGAAAUUUUUUCAUAAAAUGUUUCGCAUUCACCAGUCCCAAAGAGGAAUUUCGCGAAAGAUAUUACAAGGCAUGAGGAAUGACAAAUAUAAAAAACGGUUUUGACUCGUUAUUGAAAUAUCCACUCAAUGAUGGAAACUUCAUUCCUGCGUUUGGUCUAGGAGUAUCUCCACUAUCUCCAUGUUCCAAGAAUAAUGUUGGGGGAACCGAGAAAGCUGUUAGUGUUGCUCUAAAGCAUGGAUAUUAUAUGAUUGAUACAGCAGAGGCUUACGAAAAUGAGGUGGAGGUUGGUAGUGGAAUUAAAAACUCUGAUGUGAAAAGAGAUGAUGUCUAUGUUGUGACGAAACUUUGGGAUCAAAAUGGUUAUAAUUACUGUUUAAAAGCAUUUGAUUCAAGUCUUAAACGGUUAAAUAUGGAUUAUGUGGAUCUCUACCUAAUGCAUCGCCCUGAUGGUGAUCAAUUAUUAGAGACUUAUGAUGCAUUCCUGACCCUGAAAGAGAAAGGUUUGGCAAAAUCCAUUGGGGUGUCAAACUUCAAUAUAGCUAUGCUGGAAGGUCUGUGCAAAGCUGGAAAGGAAACCCCUGCUGUCAAUCAAAUAGAAAUACAUCCAUACAUGAGAAGGGAUGAGCUGGUUAAAUAUUGUCAUGACCAUAACAUACAUGUAAUGGCAUCCUCACCACUAACAAAAGGCAAAAGAUUGAAAGAACCUGAUAUGAUUACCAUGGCAGAAAAGUAUAAAAAGACAGUUCCACAGCUAUUCAUUCGUUGGUCGAUACAAUCAGGCUUUAGUGUCAUUCCAAAAUCUUGCAAUGAGAAGCGAAUCAUUGAAAAUGCUCAAGUAUUUGACUGGAGUAUCAGUGAUGAAGAUAUGGCAAUUUUGAAUUCUCAACCACAAGCCACGUGUCUUGAUGAAACAGCAUGUAUUUAUCAUGCUCAUGACAUGAAGCCAUCAUGGACGAGUUGAUUCAUCUCUUAUACCACGUUAGCUUUAGAAUACGAGCACUUUACGAUAAGACUUUAAAACACUGACUUGGACGUUUUCACAGUAGUUACGUAGAGUAACAGGGCCUUUUUUAAGAAAUUUCGAGUGGGUGGGCCAUUGGCAAAAAAGGGCUUCCCCACUAGCGGAAAGAAGCAGGAAUGUCGAUCAUGGCCGAAAGCUAGGGGGCACCGGGAGAUUUUUGAAAUCAGUAUAGUCAAGAAACGCCGUUUCCUAUAUUCUUAGCCUUCAAAUUUAUUCUAAAAACUGUAUUUGUAUCUCAGAUAAAAAUAUGGAAAACGCACAAAAAAUAUAAAGUUAACUUACGUCUUACCAAAAGUAAUAUCAAAGGUACAACAUGUGUGUCAAUAUCAACAGGGAGUAAUGGAGUGUAUAUUUGACAGUUUAGUGUAUUUUCCAGU